AUGACGGAGAUCCUGGUCUCGGAUGUAAACUUGAACUCAGUGUGCGAGCGCCUGGAACAGCACUGCUGUGUGGAGCAGAACCAGCAGAACAUCUGCAGCCAGCCCCAGACGCCCGUGCUGAAGAGGCACACCAACACCGGGGCCAAGCUAUGGGGCCGCGUGCGCAGCAAGCUGCUCAGACAAAAGCUGGACCCUCAGACGGUGCAGUCCAAAAACUGGCACAUGGACGUCAUAGAGAUGAACGGGAUCAAAGUGGAAUUCUCCAUGAAGUUCACAAGUCGGGACCUCAGCUUGAAGAGAACACCGUCCAAAAAACAGAGCGGGGUGUUUGGAGUCAAAAUCAACGUGGUAACAAAGCGCGAGCGCUCCAAGGUGCCUUACAUAGUCCGUCAGUGCAUUGAGGAAGUGGAGAAGAGGGGGAUUGAUGAAGUGGGAAUCUACAGGAUCUCAGGGGUGGCCACGGACAUCCAGGCCCUCAAACUAGCAUUCGACACAAAUACCAAAGACAUCCUGAUGAUGCUGAGCGACAUGGACAUCAACGCCAUCGCGGGGACGCUCAAGCUGUACUUCAGGGAGCUGCCCGAGCCUCUGCUGACCGACCGCCUCUACCCCGCCUUCAUGGAGGGCAUAGGGGGGUGCAGCCCCCCCCCCCCCCCGCCCCCGGCCCACCGGCUGUGA